AGGGAACUUCCUGUGACAACAGCAGCAUCUCAGCUCUAGGAGCUGCACGCCGGCCUGGCCUUUGUAGGUUUGGGUAGAAACCAGCCGCACCCAGGUUUUAUUUAGGUGGGAGGAGACCCUGCUGGAGCUAUCGGAGCAGCAGCGUCAGCUCCACUCCCCUGCUUACACAGCUGGAGCACAUUCCCUGCAGUUUAUAGCUUGCCUUUAACAGAGGGAUAGCUGCCUGCCCCUUUCCAGACAGUUCACGUGCCAGAACCGUGCUCCCACCAGCCCAGGCAAGUGCAAAGGAAGUAGCCUUGGAACUUGGGGUCCUGAUUCUAGCUACCAGCCCCUUUCUAGCCUGCCCAAAGGGCAAGAGGCAGCAUUUCAGCAGCUGAUCUAAAUUAGUAAUUUUGUUAUAGCGGGGGAUGCAAAAGGGCCCCCCAGAAAGUUCCCUGUCCCAGCAGAGUCAUGGACAGGGCUCACCAACUUUUCCCUGUCUUGAGCUCAGGGUCCAUAACAUGCCUACAAAAGGAGAGUUAACUCUGCAAUUCACCCACUCCCCCUCCCCCAUAAUAUACCUGGUGAACUCCAUUAAAAGCCCUGAGCAGAGCAUGGCUCAGCUCCCAGGGCGCACCUGCUAGGAAGCCAAAGGCGUCUCCUCAGGCUGGAGCUCUGCCCGAUUUCCUGCAGGAGUCUCAUGCAGAGCAGGUGAAGCUGUUUAACCUGAGAACACAUUUCACCUGGAUGCUCGUUUGCCUCCUCUUAGCAGCCAGGGCAGCCCCCAAAGCUCUGCUGUGUGGUUUCCUGGGUGGCUCUGGCUUCCAUUAUAAGCUAGUGGUCUAGGGGAUUCUCUCUCUGUAUCAUUAGUGGGGCCAGUUUGUGUGCUGGGGGGGAGGGAAAGGCAAUAACUUAGGGGUCUCCACAAUGUAGCAGAAGGAGCUGGUGGGCUCUUAGUGCAUCUUCACCUGGUGAGACAGAUGAAGCACCAUGUCGUCCCAUGGUUCCUUGGUGGCCCUGGGGCUUGGUUCCCAGCCCAGGUGUAGCACCCCCAUGCAAGUGCAGACGACCCCCUUUUCUACUCUGCACUUCCUUCCACACAAGGGCCAGCCUCUUCCCCCACUCAGCCAGGAAGACUUCUUUGAGAACUUUGAUGGGAGCUUCUAUGACCUGAAUGACAUUUUUGGGGCUGACUCGUUCGAGUGCGACUCCUCGGUGCCCGACGCCCAUCUGAUCCAGAGGAUUGUGUCUCAAGUGGAGUUCUACUUGUCUGAUGAGAACCUGGCCAAGGAUGCCUUCCUCCUGAAGCACGUUCAGAAGAACAAAUUGGGCUUUGUCAGCAUCAAACUGCUGACAUCUUUCAAGAAGGUGAAAUACCUAACCCGAGACUGGAGGAUCACUCUCUAUGCCCUGCAGUUCUCGGAGCUGCUGGAGGUGAACGAAGAAGGGACUAAAGUGAGAAGGAAAAUCCCCAUCCCGGAGUCUCUCCUGAGCAUCCCGCCAAGCAAGCUGCUCCUUGCCUGGAACCUCCUACCCCAGGAACAGGGAAUGUCGCCACCGCUCCAGAAGAGCUUCAUUGAGACCAUCACUAAAAUGUUCAGCCCCUUCGGCGCCAUCGCCUCCAUCCGCAUCUUGAGGCCGGGCAAGAAGCUGCCCUCUGACGUGAAGAAGUAUUCCUCCCGCUACCCUGAGCUCCUGACCAAGUGCUGUGCCCUGGUGGAGUAUGAAAACCUGGAGAGUGCUAGGAAGGCUUAUGAGGAGCUGAACCAUGGCCACGGCUCCCCCGGCAGGGAGAGCAUCAAGGUGGUCCGUCUCUCUGGGAAGGGCUCCAAAAAGAAGAGCGGGGAUGACAUAGAAGAAGUGGAGCUGGUGGACCAGCUGGCCAGGAAGCAGCAGGCGUCGGAGAGGCUGGCCUAUGCCACGGGAGAUUCUUUCUUCUGCAGCUCUUCGGAGUCUGACAGCACGCCGGCUUCUCCUCCCGUCCUGAUGCAGAAGUAUCUCUCCACUCCAGCGUGGUCCGCCUGCAGCCUGGGCGUGAGCUUCAAACCCUCCUUCUUCAGCAGCCCUCACGCCAGCCCUCUUCUCUCCAAUAAAAGCCUGGCUCACCCCCACUGCCCUUCACCGCUGGCUGCCGAGCUGGGCAAUGGUGGCUCCUCCAGCCCAGACACGAGUCCUGAGUUCCGAAGAUUGUCCGAUUCCUGCUGGGACAGCGGGAUUGGCUCUGGCAGCUCAUGGGUCCAGCGGCGACGGGUGGCCGCCCAUAGCCAGUCUCUGGAAACCAGAGCUCUACCCUGCUGCUCUCUGGAGUUAAGAAAGAUGCCAGAUCCCUUUGGCCUUCGACCUGGGGUGAUGCGCCUGCCCCGGGGUCCAGAUGGCACCAAAGGCUUCUACAACAGCAUCGGGAGAGGAAAGCUGGUCCUAAGACACUAGAGUGUCUCGUUGUGGUUCUUUUGUUUUUGUUUUUUCUUCUCUCAAGUAAAUUAACCUCUUUCCAGGGUCACUGGGAUAUCUGCUAACGACAUAAGCACAGCCCUGCAGGAAGCUGGAGUCUGAAGUAUUAGAAACUUAGGGGUUAAGAGGGAUGUUCAACGAAUAGUCGGCUUGGGAGGUGAGAUGCUGAGGAAGAGGAUGUACCAAACCACUGCCAUUUCUCUCUCGCUGUAGUGGCCGCUUCUGUCCAUGUGCUGUCUAGUAUCUAGAUUUUCUAAGCUGAGCCAUGCUGCUGAGAUUUUAUUGUAGCUAAGGGUUUUAUUCCACUAACUCCCAAGCUAUCAGCCACCAAAUAGUUACAUGUAUAUCUCAGCCUGCACCUAUCACUAGCAAGACUCAAGGGCAUAUUCCUCUUUUUGAUCCAGUAAUGUAGCCUUCAGUUCUCAGAGCAGUGUCACCUAGGGGUGAGUUUAUACCCUUUCAGAACCAGGCUUUCAGGAUGUGGUACUCUGUAACAGCACAGCUUGGCAGCAGAUGAUGUAAAUAGGUUGUUUCUAAAUGGAGUAUUAUCUGUGUUGACAUGAGAGGUGAUGCAGAUGGAAUGUUAAAUAAAGAGAGUUGAAGUAUUCCAGGCACCUGUUGUACCAUUUGAGCCAUUGCUUUCUCCUUGCACAUCUUUUCUGGGUGAUCUGCAGGCUGCAAAAAUAUCUCCCUCUUUGAAAAUGUUCUGAUUUCAAAAUGAG